AGUUUAGAAUCAAAGAAUCUAAUUCAUAUAUUUAAUGUUGGGGUUACAAUUAUAGAUUAGAAUUUGAAUGAACAAAUCAUAUUUGUUACCAUUUAUUGUAUUUAUUGUAUAUAUGCUUAUUACAAAUAAUACUAGGUGGUCAAUCCUGGAUAGUGGAGCAAUUGAUCCCAAAAGUGAGAUAGAGUGUAGCAGAAUGACUUCUAUUUGAUAUUAACUUUUUGGACAAAUUAUAUAAAUAAUACUAAAAUGUAUAUUUAAUGUAAAGUUAAAUAAAUAACUUGGUUAAACUUCAUGAAAUAUUCAUAAUUAGCAAUAAAAAGUCAGAAAUCUUAAUCAAAGCAUACAUUUAAAUACCAACAAAAAUCAAGCAAACAAAGAAGCUUGGAUCUCUAACACUUACAGUAACUAAAUAUUAAAAAUGGCUUCCGAGACGAAAUUGGCGAAUCCUAUGAGGGAUAUCAAGGUUCAGAAGCUUGUCCUCAACAUCUCCGUUGGUGAGAGUGGAGAUCGUCUCAUCAGAGCUGCCAAGGUGCUCGAGCAACUCAGUGGACAAACCCCAGUGUUUUCCAAAGCAAGGUACACUGUCCGUUCCUUUGGUAUUAGAAGAAAUGAGAAAAUUGCAUGCCAUGUAACUGUUAGAGGUGAUAAGGCCAUGCAACUUUUGGAGAGUGGACUGAAGGUGAAAGAGUAUGAACUUUUGAGGAGGAACUUCAGUGACACUGGAUGCUUUGGCUUCGGAAUUCAGGAGCAUAUUGAUCUUGGAAUCAAAUAUGAUCCAUCUACUGGUAUCUAUGGUAUGGACUUGUUUGUUGUUUUGGAGCGUCCCGGUUAUCGUAUGGGUCGUCGCCGUAGAUUCAAAGCCCGUGUCGGAAUCCAACACUGUGUUACCAAGGAUGAUGCGAUGAAAUGGUUCCAAGUGAAGUAUGAGGGAAUGAUCCUUAACAAAUCUCAGCAGAUCUGAGUUAUUUCGAGUUAGCUUAUUGUUUUUGGCAGCUAUAGUUUGUUGUCUUUUGAAUACUUGCUUAAAUUCUGUUACAAUUUUUGAUGGAUUGUUAUGAUAUUUUGAAUUUUCUGUUAUUUCAUGAUGGAAAAAAAAUAAAAUUAAAAAUGGAUGUUCUAGACUUCUAAUAUAGGAAUCAAUUAUAGAUAAUACUCAUCUCUAGACUAAAUUGUUCAUCUUUAUCACUCUCAUCACUACUAGAUUUAUAGAUGUUGUCCUCCUCCUCCUCAUCAUAUUCAGCAUCAUCAGUUUCAAUUUCUUCAACAUCUCCUACCACCAUAUCGUGUGCCACUGCACUAGAUGCACUUGCAGCUGCCCUCUUUGCUAUUGUUUGCCGCCUAUUGAAAGGCUUAUUAUUUGCCCCACUUGCAUAAAUCAUGAUCAGAACCGGUAAUAAUCAUAUCAUCAACAUAAAUAAGUAGAAGAACAAUACCAUUUAAUGUGCGAUGAAUGAACAUGGAUGAGUCAAAUUUACUCUGAGUAAAAGAAAAAUCGAGUAUAGUAGUUCGAAACUUUUCAAACCAUGCUCGUGGAGCUUGUCGUAAUCCAUAUAGAGAGCGUUUGAGCUUGCACACCCCUUCAGAUGAGGAAGGCAGCCCUGGAGGAAGGGUCAUAUAAAUAUCUUCUGCUAAGUCUCCAUGAAGAAAUGCAUUCUUCACAUCCAUUUGGGUAAGUGGCCAUCCUUGAGAGGCAGCAAUAGUCAAAAUGGUUCUAAUACUAGUCAUUUUCGCGACCGGUGCAAAGGUCUCAUCAUAAUUCACCCCAUACUCUUGUUUAUUGCCUAAUGCAACCAAUCGAGCUUUGUAACGAUUAAGAGUACCGUCUGAAUUCAGCUUUACCGAAUACACCCAUUUACUCCCAAUAGGCUUAACACCUGGAGGUCGAGGAACAAUGUCCCAAGUGAAAUUUUCUUGAAGGGCUUGUAGUUCAUCGUUCAUUGCCGUUACCCAACGAGCAUCUUUAACUGCCUGAGAAUAACAAGUAGGAAUAGGUGUACCAGAUAGAGUAGCAGUAAGAGAAAUAGGGCUAUAUUCAUACCUAUCAGGUGGACGAGACACUCGUUGUGAGCGUCGCAGAGGUGCUGGUGCAGGCUCAAGUGACGGAUUAGUGGCGGGAAGGGACAAAGUCGGAGCGCGUCUGACAUAAACAUGACCUGGUUUAAAUCGUUCUACAGGAAGAGAAUCAUUAGAAAAAUCAACAAGAUUAACAAAAUCAAUAGAGGAAGGUUUAGUAUUUUGGAAAAAAUAUUGUUGAUCAAAGAAUAUAACAUUCCUAGAUAUGCGUAAGCGACGAGAGGUGGGAUCAUAACACAAGAAGCCUUUAUAAGUGGUACUAUAACCCAAAAAUGCACACAUAACUGAUUGGGCGCCAAGUUUAUUUCGUUCAGAAGGUGGAAGAUGAACAAAACAUACACAACCAAAUGGAUGAAGAUUAGUGUAAUCAGGAUGUGCAUGAAAGAGACGAAAAUAGGGAGAAUCAAGCCCAAGAACCUGAGAAGGAAGAUGGUUGAUGAGAAAGACAGCUGUUGACAAAGCUUCAACCCAGAAUUGGGGAGGGACAGAGGCAGCCAGAAGCAAGGAGCGCGUAACAUCAAGUAAAUGACGAUUUUUGCGUUCGGCGAUGCCAUUUUGUUGAGGCGUAUAGGGACAUGAACGCUGAGACAGGAUGCCUUUUUGUUGCAAAAAUUCCUGAAAAGGAUGAGAAAUAUAUUCCCCACCGGAAUCCGUACGUAAUAUCUUAAUGGUGGUCUGAAAUUGCUUUUCAACGUAAGCCAAAAAUUUCUUAAACAUUGCAAAAACUUCAGCUUUAGAACGAAGAAAAUAAACCCAAGUAAAACGGCUAAAGUCAUCAAUAAACGUCACAAAAUAUUUAUAUUUGGCAUGGGAUAAAAUUGGAGACACGCCCCAAACAUCACUGUGAAUAAUUUCAAAACAUUUUUCAGCACGAUGAGCAUGGAGAGGAAAAGGAAGAGUUUUGCUUUUGGCAAGUUUACACACUGAACAAUUAAAAGAUGAGUCAACACUGAUAUUUUUGUGGCCCGAUAAACCUGUUUUUAUUAAGUGAGACAAAACAACGAAGUUUGGAUGUCCUAAUUUAUUAUGCAAAUCCGCAAACGGAUGUGAGACAUCAAUACAAGAAAACGAAAAAUUAGAGGAAUGAAACUGGAGCGGAAACAAUCUGCCUACUUUAGGUCCCUUCGCGAUCACUUUCCCCGACACUUGAUCCUGCACAAAACAACCGUUACGAGAAAAAUUAACAUUAUAGUUAUUAUCCACCAAUUGGCCAACGGAAAUUAAAUUAGAGGCAAGUCCUGGUGACACAAAUACAUUGUUAAAGGAAUGAUUGAUAUCACCAACAGCAGAAAUAGACAGAGUGUUACCAUCAGCAAUUUGAAUGUUUUGGGUGCCCUUAUAAGCAUGGACAUUUUGUAAGUGUUUAGGGGAUCCAGUCAUAUGAUUAGAAGCCCCUGAAUCCACAAACCAAGGUGUUGAAGCACUAGUAGACUUACCCUGAAUGCCCAAAGCUGAUAGAGCUGAGAGAACAAUCUGUUGCACCUUCUCCGGAGUCAACGUAUCAGAUGCAUUAGCGAUGAUAGGAGUAGACAAACCAGCAGCUUGGGUAGUAGCUUGAAAGGCUUGGGUAGGGCGCCGAGCAGGUCUCGUGGGGCACUCAGUAAUAAUGUGAUCACGUUGUUUGCAGUAGUUGCAGAAUUUCUUACUGCAGUUGCGAGCAAUAUGACCAAACUGUUUGCAGGAAAAACACUGGACACGCCGCGUAUCACGUCUGUCGGCUGUAUUUUGGGCUGAAUAGGCGACUGUGAGAGCAUCAGUAGUAUUCUGGUCCGGUGACAUGCUGUUUUGGGUGAGUAGGCGCUGCUCUUCGCGGAAAAGUUCCCCGACACAAACUUCUAAACUAGGAACUGGAUUACGGUUAAGUAAAGCUGCACGAGCCACUUCAAAUUCUGCGCGAAGUUUCAUAAGAAACUGAUCGCGUUUGCUGACUUCAUAAAUAUUUUGAACAACUGCAAGGGAUGUUUUAGGAACAUCAGCAUGCAAGAUCUCAGAAUGUUCAGCCCAUAGAUUUAGAAAACCAGAGUAGUAAUCUUGAAUGGACAGAGAGCCUUGUCGAUAAUUUGCAAUAUCUAGUUCGAGUUGAAAGCGUUUCGCUGCAUUAUUCUGAUCGUAUAUAACCUUAAGGUGAUCCCACAUGGCUUUGGCGGUCGAGAAGGAGCGCAAAUUAUUAACCAUUUGAGGCUCAAUUGAGGCAAGGAUCCAAGAAAUUAUUUGCGCGUCCUUUGUUUCCCAUGUAUCUAACGCAGCCUUCUCGGUUGGAGUCUUCGAAGCCCCAUUGAGAUGACCAGACAUUCCUUUCCCUUUCACAUACAUUUCAAAUUGAAAUGCCCACGAAGGAUAGUUUUUCCCAGUAAAUCGAACACAAAAAUUCUCUCUUUCUUUUUCCGAAGCCAUGAAACCAAACAAAAACCAAGAAACAGCGACAAGAAAAAAACGAGUGCAGAGAGGACCAAAAGCAGAGAAGGGGACCAAAACAAGAGUCACCCAAAACUAAACUAGAGCCGAACCCCAAAAAAAUCGAAAAACAACAAUGUCGAAGAGAACACUUAUCAACAAAAAUCUGACAGGUUAGAUCGAUAACCUACUGAUACCAUGUCUGAAUAUAAUUCUGUCAAGGAUACAAAACCAGAAUUUGUGUUUUCUCUGUUGUAUUUUCAUUGAUCUGAUGCUAUCCAUAUAUAUUACAUAAGUCAUAAAUGGCAUUAAUAAUACAAAUAUUCUAAUUCCUAUAAUUUAUAUAUAAUUAGACAGCCUAACCUAUAUUCAGCAACUAACAUCAAAUAUAGUUAUAACAAAAUCACUGCAAUAAGUAUUCCUUAUUGACAGUCCUCCUCCUCCUCAUCAUAUUCAGCAUCAUCAGUUUCAAUUUCUUCAACAUCUCCUACCACCAUAUCGUGUGCCACUGCACUAGAUGCACUUGCAGCUGCCCUCUUUGCUAUUGUUUGCCGCCUAUUGAAAGGCUUAUUAUUUGCCCCACUUGCAUUCGUCCAAGUUAAAUUGUCCUCUUCAUUAACCAAUUAUUCAAUAGGUUCACCAUCUUCUCCUUAAUCUCCCACUACUAACCAUUUGUUACUAUAAUCAAUAUCAUUCAAGAGAAUGAGAUCAAUUGUAACAUCCUUCUAACCCACAAGGAAUAUUCAUAAUAUAAUACGAAUUAACAUCAAAUAAAAUCACCAACAAGGGUGUCACAUCGUCACAAAAACAUCACAAUAAACAAUAGUCCUGCUCCGUAACACGGGUUCUCAACAUUUAUUUAAAAACUAAAUUUCAUUUAACAUAGCAACACACAAAUAGAUUAUCUCACAGCGAAAUUCACAACUUUAACAUCUUUAGAAAGAUCUUCAUAAAACAUCAAAUAAAUCUCAUGGUUCAUAAGUAUAACUCAAAGCAUCAACAUCCAAAUGUAAUCCAAACUCAAAUAAUUAAAGUGAACAUAAUAGUUCUAAACAUAAUGACCCCAUCUCCGAUUUUACGUAUCAGAGAAAGACUCUCUUCAAUCUAAACAACGGUAAAAUGACGCCAUGAUGCUAUCCUUAAACUUCAACGGACUACUCCUGAUUACCCGCGCGUUACUCAUGUGGAGGCAACAUUCAAACAUAAAGGGUGAGUAUUUCAUAAUCAUUAUGUAAGACAUAAGGAAUAUAUAUAGUAGUUGUAUACAAAUAACCAACCAUACAUAUACUGAUACAACGUAUCUAUCAUAUACACAUACUUACCCACACCUGCACAUCAUCACUUAUUCACCACAUCAUCACCUUAUGAUUCAAUCGCCAUAUCAAUUAAGUACACCACAUCACAAAUAAUCAAUAUCAUCAAAUCACACAUCAUCACAACAAUGCAAUGCAACAACAAUGGACUCAUGCAUGUGGUACCAAUUCAUCACCGAUGACUCCGUCAUCGUUCUCCAAAGAUCCCCACCAUAGGAUCGAUUCCCGCUUGGAAUCGGAGCUCAUCAACAAGUUGCACUCAAUCCGCACAAUGGGAUUAAGGGCCAUCACUGGACCGAGGUCCUACAACAUCACUAGACUUCCGUCCUACAAUUAUGCUAUGAAUGCAUGAUGCUCAACAUCACAAAAUCAACGACCACAGCUAGUCAAAAUGGCAUCAUCAUUCAUGUAUUCAACAAAGUCGUAUCACCAUUCAAACAUACAACAUCACAAAUAUCUUAUUCUACACCAAACGUGCACAGUAAAUUCCAGAAAAUUCGUAGAAAUUAUAAUAGAAUAUAAGUUACCAUGUUAUAAAAUCAAUUUUCAAAAAUAAUAAUUUUCAUUUUCAGGGACCGCGCUAAGCCCCAUUAUACCGCGCUAAGCGGACUAUCUACUGUAAUCAAACCCAUUUUAUUUUUCAGAGCGCGCUAAGCGGGCUCUCUACUGUAAUCAAACCCAUUUUAUUUCUCAGAGCGGGCUCUGCGAUUCUGCAGAAAAUUCUUGCGCGACCUACAUUUAACCAGUCCCAAUCUUUUGCCCAAAAAUUGAUGUUAAACACUAAUUUCCUGCGAUUUAAGGUCUAUAAUCCUAAUUCUAACAUGCUUAACUCAUUAUAAACAUCAAUUUACACGCAUUCAUCAUAUCUCCAAUCAUCUUCAUCAACCCCAAAUAUUAGAGUAGAGUAUUGUGUUAGUAUUGUAGGACUGACACCUAUGUUGUUAAUAGCGGCCGCUACGGCCGAUAUCGCGGCGCGGAGCGGAUUUUCCGGCCAGGCCGCUUCCGGUGUUACCGGUACAGCGCGACAUGAAGAAGCGGCUUGAAGCGGCCGCGAAAUUGGGUCUCGGAGCGGUUCGGAUGCGGCCCGAUCCGGCCGCUUUUCCUGUUUUCGCAAAAAAAACCCUAAGUUUUGUAUUGUUCCGGGUCGGGUCGGGUACAAAAUAGGUUUAAAACGUUAAAAAAAACCCUAAAUUCUGUGUCGCUCUCAAUCACCGUUCACACGCCUCUCUCCUUCUCCUUCGCACAUCAUCAUCAUCUCCCCGCAGCUCUCCAUCGCACGUCAUCUCCAUCUUUCUUCUCUCCAUCCCACAUCAUCAACUCUGCUGCAGCCAUGUCAACUCCUCCUCCUACUAAUUCUACUCAACCAUCAUCAUCCAAGAAGAAUACAAAAGGAAGGCAAACAAACUUGAAGGCAAGCAUAGUUCGUUUCUUUUAUCGGAAUGGAAUUGAUUUGGACGUUGCAAAUUCAAGAAGUUUCAAAAUGAUGGUUGAAGCUAUUGGUUUGUAUGGUGCAGAUUUGAAGUACAAUCAAAUGUUGAAAGACUUGGUUAUAAAGUAUAAUCAAACUUUGAAAGAGCGAUUUGAAAGUGAUGUUUUGAUUGAUCCUUUGGUCAUGGAUGGUGAUAUUGAUACCAAUUACCCAUGGUUGUGUGGAGAUGAAGAUGAAGAUGAAGAGGAUGAAGAUGAAGAUGAAGAGGAUGAAGAUGAUUAAGUUAUAGAUGCUUAAGUGUUAGUUUUCUUGAAUUUUAUUGUUAUUUGGAAGUAUGUUUGAAUGUUUUGCUUAAGACUUAUGCUAAUAUGUAUUUGGAAGUAUUUAAUUUCUAAGACUUAAUGAAAUUUGUUUUUUUUUGGAUAUUUGCUAGUUAUGUUUUCAGCAUGUAAGUGUCAUUACAAUUUUUAGUUUUUAGUGUCCGCGUCGUUGAAAUAGCGCCCGCUCCGCUCCCCGCUUCCGCGCCGCUCCCAUUUUUGGGUUGACCGCGCCGCGCCGCUUUCCGAGAUUAACAACAUAGACUGACACCUGUCCUUUGUAUUCUCCUAUUACCUGCUAUUGCAGGUCACCUGUUACUCAUAUAUAAGUAACAUGUGCUACUCUUUCUAGUGUAAUGAAAAUCAAAGAUAACAGAAUCAUAACUGAAUUAGUUACAGCACCAUGAAGUGCUUCUCUCUCUACUCUCUAUCUUUCUAACAUGGUAUCAGAGUCUAUCGAUCGGACCAUGGGCCGCCCACCAUUAAUAUCCACGCACCAAGCCCAAAAGAGUGCUGGGCGUGAGGGGGUGUAUUAGGAAGAUCCUAAAGUUCCAUAUUGGUUGGAGAUAGAGCAUUGAAAGAGUAUAUAUAGAGGGACACUCCUCACCUUACCAACCGGUUUUGUAAGGAUGAGUUAGGUCAAACUCUAAUAUGGUAUAACACCAAACCUUCUAAAUCAUGUUAAUGGAGGAUUUAACUCUAUCUCAUGUGAUCAAUCACCAAUACAACACUCAUCAUCAUCAUACAACAUUUUAUUCAUACAAUCGAACAAACAAUCAUCAUGGAGUCAUCAAUUUCAUCAAGAACAACCCAAAACGCCCAACCUACAAUUAUCAUUCCCUUAAAUCAAACAUAAUAAUUAGGAUAACUCCCCUUACCUUAGAUUAUUAUCUUGAUUAAUUCUUUUCCCGAAUGCCACGGUCGUUCUUCUUCUCCUCUCUUGCCCUAACUCUCUUCUUUCCUCGUUUUCUCCAAAAUUCUACGACUAAUGAAAUUCUUCCCCUUUUUUCUCUUUUUACCUAAUUAGCCUUAGGACCCCUAUUAUAAACUUUCAAUCAUGCCCUCACUAACUCUUCCUCAUUAUCUCUUAUUUUAUUUUAUAUAAAUAAUAAUGUUAAUUAUAUUAUUAUUCUAACUAACAUCUUAAUUUAACUACCCCACACAUCAACAUAAACGUCACGCAUCACAUAAUCACUUCAAAAACAUCAAAUAAUAAUUAAAUAAUUAAAUCUAGUUAUCAGAGUGUUAUAUCUAUCACAUCACUCACUCAUCUCUCUCUAUCUUCAUAGCUUGGUUAUAAUUUAAUAUUAAGUAAAAUACUAAGUUACAUGCUCAAAAAUACUUCUAUUGCACUCACGCUUUGAAGAACUGCAAUGUAACAAUACAAUCACAACAUGGUAUCAGAGCUGGUUGACCCACUGUCUUCCAGAGAAUUUUUUUUUCGUUUCCGCAAAACAUCCGGCCAUUCACGGCACUACACGAGCGCACCACCGCUCCUGACGACUUUUCCGGCGAAGUAACCAUACUGUCGGCAUCGUCUCCUUCCAAUCGGCAGGUAUCACAAAUCGCCGCCGCGGUCCGCCUUACAACGCGCCCUCACACGCCUCAGUCGUCGCCGUUUUCGCCGCCGACAUCGCCUUCCUGUGCUUUUUCCAGAUUUGCUCUCGGUUUUUGCAUCCAAGCAACCAAAAAUCAUGGGAGAUACCGAUUCCGCCACUUUUACGAAGGUUCCACUUAUCCCGUGUGAGAAACUCACCGGAACAGCCAAUUAUAAUAUAUGGGCUGGUGCUGUCAAAAUGUGGUUUCAUGGUCAAGGACAUGAAGAUCACUUAACUACAAAAGCAGAAAAUAUUACCGCCGCCAAACGCGAUAAGUGGAAACAAACAGAUGCUUCUCUAUGCACUGUGUUAUGGUUUUCCAUAGCAACUAAUCUUCAAGCACAAUACCAAGCCUUUACCACUUGCUAUGAGGUUUGGGAAAAGGCUAAGAAAGUGUUCUCCAAUGAUGUCCAUAAUCUUUACAGCGUCAUCACCAAACUCAACUCUUUGAAAUUGGAGAAUAUGGAUAUGCAAGCCUAUCUGAGUAAGCUUGACGCGUUAAAGGCAAAUUUCACAACCCUAAUGCCCUUUACCAAAGAUCCAACAACUUAUGCUGAACAACAAAGUAAGUAUUUCAUGAUCGUGGCACUUGCCGGACUACCAUCAGAGCUUGAUUCUGUCCGGAACCAGAUUUUAUCAGGAUCCAAUGUUCCAAACUAUGAAGCAGUUAGUGAACAACUAUUGCGUUUGGCUACACCUCACGCCUUUGGACCGGUCUCCACUCCUUCUCCCACUGAAUCAUCUGCUCUUGCUUCCAACUAUCAUGGUCGUGGUGGACUAACCGGCGGAAGGGGUGGACAACGUCAUGGUAUUCGUUGUAACUAUUGCAAUCGUUACGGUCACAUUGAAGCUGAUUGUCGUACAAAGGCAAGAGAACAACAACGACAACCACGGGUCGCUGCCGUUGCUCAACCGGACAACACUAAAGACAUUACAAUUUCCGCCACUGAUUACAAUGAUUUUCUCCAAUUCAAAGCAGCCCAUCAACCAUCAUCAUCUGUUGCUGUUGCUCAGUCGGGUAAUCCUGUAGCCUUUGUAUCUACAUCUUCUCUUGGUCCUUGGGUCCUUGACUCUGGUGCCUCUGAUCAUAUGACUGGUAAUAAAUCACUUUUAUCUCACUUGUCUUAUUCUGAUUCUUUGCCUUCUGUCACUGUGGCUGAUGGUUCUAAAAUCAAAGUUCAAGGCCUCGGUCAGGCACACCCACUUCCAAACCUGUCUUUAGAGUCUGUUCUUUACAUUCCUGGUUGUCCUUUUAACCUGAUAUCUGUUCAUAAGCUUACUCAUACUCUUGAUUGUUCAGUCAUUUUUAAUAAUAAUUCUGUUUAU